AUGGAUGAAGAGAAAGUUUUAAGCUAUAUUAGUCCCAGUAACAGCAUCAAUAAUAUACCAUAUAGUAAUUUUAUAUUACCAAUGUUAAUAAAAAGAAAGAUGCUUAACGAUUUAAAUGAUGAUAAUAUUAAUGAUGAUGAAAAUAAUGAAGGAGGUGCAUAUCGAAGGAAAAGAUCUAGGAAAAGUUUAUAUGAGAACUUUGAAAUUUUAAAAGAACAAAAAUUAGAAGAACAUGAUAUAUGUAUAGAUCAUUUUAAAGAUAUGGAAAAAUAUUGUGAAAAAAUAUAUGAAUUAAAAAAUAUAUAUAAUUUUUUAUUUAAUAAUAUUAAUAUAAAUUAUAACAAUUAUGAUAUUUUAUAUGUAAAUAAAAAAUUUUGUACUAUUAAUUGUAAUAAUAUGAUUUAUGAUAAUAAUUUAUUUAUAGACAAUUUUAUAUACAACUUAUUUAAUUAUGAUAAGAUCGAUAAAGGGUAUUUACCAAAUGAUGUAAUAAAAUAUGGGAAAGAAAAUAUACAUAAUAUUACACAUGAUAUUUAUAAUAAUAAUAUAUUUUUAAAAAACAAAAAAAAAACAAGAAAAAAUAUUGGAAGAAGAUACUUAAAUUGUAUAUCCAAUCAACUAUUAUAUAUUGAUGAUUUAUCAAGACAUGACAUUUUAUUAUUAAUUUCUUUUUUUAUUCAAUUACAAAAUGAACAAAAAAAAAAUGAAAAAGAAGAAAGAAAUUUAGAAAAUAUAGCAAAUAUUAAUGAAAUUAAAAUGAAUAUAUAUUCAUUAAAUGAUAUUUAUAAUUAUUAUUAUAAAGAAAAAAUGUAUCAAUGUUUUACUUGUGGAUUGAGAUUUAUAACAAGCAUGGAAAAAUUAAAUCAUUUAGAAAAUCAUUACAAGAAAAGUCAAUUUUAUAUGAACAAUUCAGAAGGAACAUCUAUAACCAAAAGUAAAAAAAGAUUUAUUUAUUUAGAUCAUAUAAAUUUACCUAUAGAAGUUUUUGUUUGUAAAAAUUAUUCUAUCUUUGAAGAUUUUUAUGAUAAUGUAGUAACCAAAAAUAUGGCUUCCUUUAAUUUUCAAGGUAACCAUGUAGAGGAACAAAUAUUGGAUGAUACUAAUAUGAAUAAUUAUAAUAAUGAUGAUGAAAAUAUUUUUUAUUAUGAUGAAGCAGAAGAAAAAAAUAAAAUAAUAAAAAUAAAAGACGAAAGUAAAAAUAAUGAUAAUUUAUAUUUUUCUUAUCAUAAUAAUCAAAUAAAUACUCAUCAUCCUCAUAAGGAUAAAAAUUUAAAAUCAUUUUUAAGUAAUAAUACAAAUAAUAAUGUACCAAAAGAAAUAUAUAAUAUUUAUAAUAUAUCUUCACAUAAUAAUAAUGUUGGAAACAUAUUUAAUUUUAAAAAGACAUACAAUAAUAUAGAUAAUUUUUUUAAUAAUAAAGAAACAAUACAUAAUAUGAUCAACCCUACUAUGGUUGUAGAUAAAAAUAAAAAAAAAAGAAAUAUUUUAAAUGAUAAAGAAAAAAGUAGUAAUGAAAUAAAUUUCUUUGAUUAUAUUUAUGGUAAUGAAAAUACAUAUGAUGUUUAUUUAUCUAAUUAUUAUACAGUAACUGAGGAUAAUAGUGUUUUAAUAAAUUAUAUUAAUGGACCUACUAUGUAUAGAAAUAUUAUGAAAUGUUUAGAAAUUAAAGAUAUAUAUAAUUAUAAAUUUCCUUCAUGGAUACCUAAAAGAAGUAUAAAUAAUUUUUUUAUUAAACGAAUUAAUGAAUUAGAUAAAGAUCCUAUGGGUAUUCCAAAGAAGUCAAAUAUAUUUACAAAUAUGUUAUCAGGUAGGACUCCUAGUAAUAACUUUCCUGUUAAUAAAUAUAACCUACAGGAUGAUAUUAUUAUUAAUAAUAAUAUUAAUAGGGAUAAUAACUUGAAGGGAAAAAAUAAAAAAAAAAUUAAUGUAAUAAACAAAAAGAAUUUGUGGAAUAUUUGCAAUACUACACAUGAAUUUUAUAAUAACAAAGGAUUAUGUCCAAUAAAUGUUUUUUUAAAUUAUGAAAAGGAAAUUACUCUACAAGACGAAACAGAAAUGAUUUAUCAAAAUAAUAAUGAUGAUAAUAAAAAAGAAUCAGAUGCAUGCCCUUUUCAGAAUUCCAUAUGUACCCAAGAAAAUGUCGAAAACAAUAAUGUAUUAUAUUCAUUUUUAAAUAUUUUUAAUCAGAAAUAUUUUUCACAUACAGACAUUUUUAAAAAUAUAUUACUUUUUUAUAUAAGGAAACAUUAUUUUAUGAUAACAAAUGAGCUUAAGGAUAAUGCCGAUUUUAAUGAAUUACAUUCAAGGUUAUUUCAAUACAUAUAUAAUAAUUAUUCUAAGACAAUAUCUAUAUUUAAUAUAAAUAAUUAUAAAAUAGACACCUGUUUUUUAUGUAAAAAAAACUUUUCCUUUGAAUAUUCUUAUGAAUAUAAUGAUUUUUAUUAUACUAAUGUUAUUUGUGUGGAUUUAAAAAAUAUAUAUGAAAAUGAUGAUAUGGAAGAUAUAGAAGAGGAACCCAAAACAAAUUACGAUAUUGAUAUGAGUAUAAAAAGAAUUGAUCAUAUAUGUGAUGAAUAUAUUUAUAAUAAUAAUAAUAAUAAUAAUAAUAAUAGUUAUGAUAUAAUGGAUACAUGUUUAUAUCAAAAACAUAAAGAAUUAAAUCAAUUGUGUAAAGAAAGUAAUAAAGAAAUGUAUGAUAAUAGAUUAACACAUCCAGAAUUAUUGAAUAACAAAAUAAAUAAAAAUGAAAUUAAUAAUUGUCCAAACGAUAAUAAUAUAAAAAAUGUAAAUAAUAUGAAUGAAUAUGAUAAUAUAAAUAUUAAUAAUAUAUUUAAUGAGAUUAAAAAAAUUAUAGAUGAUAAUUGUUUACUUGAGAAUACAGUUAUUGAAUCUUCCAUAGAUUAUAAUAUUCAUAUGAAUAUUAUAAAUAAAAAAAACAAAAAAAGAGAUAAUACCAUGAAUCAUUAUAAUAAUUUAUUUAAAAAUUUUUGUAUUCCAUAUGAUACAUUAGAUACAUUGCAUAGAAUUAAAAAGAGUAACAUAACAGGUAAUACAAAUAUGACAACAAAUAAUUUUAAUAAUAAUACAACAGAAGAGGAAGGAUAUACAAAUGAAGAAAUAGAUAAUUUUGUAAAAAAUUAUGAUAAUAUAACAAAUGAUAUAAAGAAUGCUGUAUUUCAGAGUACCUACCAAAAUAGAUGUACAUCAAAAAAUAAUAAAAAUUGUUUUAACGAUAUAAUUAUGAGUUACAUAAAUAAUGAUGAAAAUAAAAAAAGGGAGCAUACGAACAUUUAUUUCCCUUCUAAAAAUUAUACCUAUACAAACUUUACAUAUUUCCAUAUACAAUGUUUUAAAAAUUAUAUAGAAUAUUGUAUACUUCCAUAUUACUUCCUUACAAAAUUAAAUGACAAAUAUUUUAAAAAUAUAAUAUUAGGAGCAAUAACUGAUUUAUAUAAUUCUUACAAAAAUAUAUGUAACAAGAAUGAUACUACAGAUCUUAAAAUAUCAAACUUUAAAAAAAAAAGACAAUUUCAUAAAAGGAGACACUUUUAA